AUGGGGAAAACUCUGAUGUGCGGAACGAGAGACCCCACGACUUUGCACAACAUGAUGAAUCCUCCAGCAAGGAACACAUCAAAGAUUAAAGAAAAAAGAUCUGAACAAAAACAAGCUAUUAUAUUUAUAUAUAAGAGGACGCCGAGAAAUUGGAGAAGUUUACGAGAGGCGAGGAGUGGAAGGAGUAGGUGUGGUAGGUCCCACGCCACCAACCCAACUCCAAGCCCAAGCAAACGUGUUCGCCGUCCUCUGAGUGCCAGUGAGAGUGGUGGGACCGAGGAAGUAGACAAGGAUGUGAAAUGGUUGGUGGGUCGGUUUUGA